AUGCCAAACGAUUCGUCCUUUUUCUUCAACGAGUCCGCACAAACGUACGAACCAAGCCGCUAUCCGCCUGUUGAUCAGAUCGUACGGUUUCACCAGACAUUGGUUGGCUAUGAACACACACCCCUCCAUGACCUCGGUAGAGUUGCCAGCGUAGGGUGCGGGAAAGUCUUGCUCAAGGACGAAAGCAAUCGAUAUGGCCUCCCAUCGUUCAAGAUCCUUGGUGCAUCCUGGGCAGUCUGCCAGGCACUGACUAGCAAGGUCGGCCUUUCCACAAAUACCACUCUGCCGGCACUCAAGGACGCGCUUCAAUCACGUAGACUCAGGCUUUUUGCAGCCACCGACGGAAACCAUGGCCGUGCAGUGGCGAGGAUGGGUUCUAUGCUGGGCGUCGACGUGCAAAUAUACGUCCCAGCGGGGCUGCCGAGGUCCACCAUAGAUUUGAUCAGGAGCGAGAAUGCCACGGUUGUUCAAUCGGCGUGCAACUACGACGGUGCCAUUCAGGAAGCAUACCAAGCCGCCAGAGACAUUGGCGACGAGGGCGUACUCGUUCAGGACUUUGCCUUUGCCAGCUAUUGCGAGAUACCACAGUGGAUUGUCGAUGGCUAUAGCACCAUGUUCCACGAGAUAGAGCUGCAAAUCGGUGGGAUGGUUCCAGAUCUAAUUGUCGUGCCAGUUGGUGUCGGCUCCUUCGCACAGUCUGUCGUCACAUACUACAAACGCCACAAUCCAGCCACCGCUAUUCUUGUCGUGGAGCCGCAAUCUGCACCGUGUCUACACAGAAGCUUGCUGGCAGGACAUCCCACCACGCUCAUCACGUCGGAGACCAUCAUGACAGGACUAGAGUGCGGGACGGUCUCUGAGACAGCAUGGCCAAUAUUACGAGAUGGAGUCGACGCCAGUGUGGUUAUUCCGGAGCACGCCGCACACCAGGCUUUGACGUCCUUGGAAAUGGAGCACGGCAUCAAAGUCGGGCCAUGCGGCGCCGCACCUCUAGCCGCCAUCAGACGGCUUUCAGCCAAAGACAAAUCGCUAUUGAGGCUAUCAAACGACUCGAUCAUCUUGCUCUUGUGCACAGAGGGACCCAGGGAAUAUGUCGUGCCUCGCGCCGUUCAGCUGAAUACGGAGCUGAGAUAA